CUUAAUAAAAGAAGAUAUAAAACUCCUAUGGUUCGUACUCGCUAAUCCAAAAGGAUACUGCAAUAACAUAAAUAGAGGCGUUAAAGUCAUUUGUGGAGAGUUUAACGUUGAUAACACCCAGCAUAUGGUGACAUUAGCAAGUAAAAAACUCACUUCCAACUGUGUUCUAAUAACAUCAAUUGUUUCAAGGAAAGAUACUGUUUUUUAUAACAUUAAACCCAGAAAUUGGACAAAAACGACAAUUAAUAUUGAAAUAGAGGAAGAACCGAAAGCUUCAAUUAGUGAUUCAGGAGAAAAUAUAGAUGAUGGUUAUGAUGAUAUAGGUUCAGAAGACGAUGAACAAGAUGAUUUCAACUCAAAUAAAAUCGAAUCAACCCCUCAAGAAAAUAUAGUUCUUAGGUGGUGUAUAGUUGAUACUGAUGAAAGAGCAUUUAUAGUUGGUGGAAGUAAUCUAUACUCUUUAGCUUUAUUUGGAGAUUACCUCGAUGAUGAAAAUGAAAAUUUCGAUGAUAACAUACAGGUUGAACCACGAUUCCCACCGCAGAUGUCAUUAGAUGAUGCAACUAAACAACACAAUGAUCCAAAUGGAAAUACACUGGAGGCGUGGAAAACAUUUGUAAAUCAUUCUAGAAAAGGGAGCGUUACCGCUGAUUAUUGGAUCGGAUAUUAUUUACAACAAGAUAUUCUAAAAUCAAGAACGCUUUAUGAAGAAGAUAUUGAAGAUGUUAUUCAAGGAGAAGAUACCUAUGUUCAAGUUGCAAUGAAGUAUUAUCAGAAAGCUGCUAAUGCUAAUUAUCCUGAAGCACAAUUAAGAUAUGGAUUUGGCCUUUAUUAUGGGCUUGGUAUUGAUAAAGAUAAGAAAGAAGCAACACGGUAUUUUAAAUUAGCUGCAGAAAAUAAUAAUCCUACUGCAAUGUAUAAUUUAGGAGUUAUUUGGAUGUUUGGCGAUAACAACAGAGAAAAGGAUGAAGGAGAGCAAUGGCUGAUAAAGGCGGCUAGACUUGGUCAAGCAAGAGCUAUCGAAAUUU